AUGAUGGAUCUCCUGCACCUGAGUCGACGGUCCGUUCUGCGACAGUUCGCUUCUUCUGGCCCUUCCCCUCUUUGCCCACUUUCUUGUCGACGUCUUCCUUCUUCUGCCUGCUUGCUGCGUAGACAGUUCGUUCGAGAAAGGACAGACCGCCGUGCCGCUUCGAACUGUUCGUCUUGUUCUUCUCCUCAACCUCGGCUGGGCGACUCUUCGCUGUCUGCGCAUUCACCUCAUCUAUCUCUCCACGCCUCGCACUCUGUGUUUUUUUCUUCUUCUUCUUCUUCCUUCGGUUCGUCGGAAGAAACUCGAGAAGCUGUUGCAAAGUCUGUACGGGAGACUUGGAAGUUGCAGAGAUUUCACAGUGUCUCUGCGGUGGACAUUCCAGACGAAGGCAGGGGCGCCAACGACUGUUUCUCUUCUGUUGAAAUAACAGUGGGCACUCCGACUGACGACGCUUGCCUUCCGUACAGGAUUCUCUCUUCGUCGUCUGCUUCUUCAUCGAUUUCGUCGCCUUCUGCCUCUUCUGGCUUCCCUUCCCCUUGGAACUCGGUGCACGGAGAGAAGUCUCCAGGUGGACGAAAGAGACCGGGGAUAGCUGGAUCUCGCGGACGCGGAGAAGCUUGCGUGGACGCUGCUGACGCGCGUGGAGACUGGCAAGACGGCGCGAGCGCCUUUUCGCAGACGCAGGGAAGGAGGCGAAGCGCGACAGAGGAGAGUAACAGACCAACUGCGAGAACGGCCGUCUGUGAAGCCCCCAGAGCUCGUCUCCAUGGCACCAUUGUCAAAGUUCACCAUCACCGCGUCUGCGGAUUCGUCGCCCCCGAUGACGGCGGACCGCACAUCUUUCUUCACCGCGACGAUUUCGUCAAGUCAUCGUCUUCUGCGUCGUCUGCGUCUUCGCCUGCUGGUGGCCGCAAGUCGCGGAGAGUUUCGGCGAGUGCAGGGGCCGGCGCGAGGGCGGCUGGCGAGACGCAGAAGGUCGAACAUCUUCUUCUCCACCCAGGGCAAAGCGUCACUUUCGAGACGUCCUGGGAUCCGCUGCACAACGCGCCGCGAGCGGUGCGAGUUGCUUUCGAGGAGGAACGCGACGAAGAGCGCGACUCGCGACGCGCGUUGGGGGACGCCUGGCAGCAGCGAGGUCACGAAGGAGCGUAG